CUCCCUAACUUAUUCUGCUUUUCUAUUCUUUUCCAGCUUCCUACAUAACCUUUUGUCUGGUCACACCGUCGUGUGCAAAUGUCAGCAGCCCUGACAGUGCUUACAGAACUAGUCUGUGCCAUAGACUUCAUGCCUUGGAGAACAAGAUUACUUCAACAGGAGCUCCAAUGUGAGAAGAUAAAGAAGAUCUUGAGGAUCUUCCACUAAUCUCUUCUAUAUACCUUUAAUAAGGACGCUUGCUGCAGGUUGGAAAACUUGUGAAAUAUGGCUCUGACAUUAAGGGUCAUUGGGCACCUCCUUCAUUUUCUACUACUUUGCUGCUUUCACAGAAGUUGUCAAAAUUCAGUUUCUUUAAUGGUGAGAUUUCGAAUCCAGGAGGAAGUACCCCUUGGCACAGUCAUCGGACACAUAUCAGAUGCAUCGGGUUGGAUAGAGGAUGCGAAUGAAGAAUACCAACUUAUACAGGAGACCAACACUUUUCCAGUACAAGUGGGUUUGAAGAAUGGAUCUAUAACCACCACAGAUCGUUUAGAUAGAGAGGAGCUUUGUAAGGUUCAUGGGCGCUGCAUCCUAUCUUUUAAUGUUUUAGCAACCAAGGCCUUAGCUCUGGUCCAUGUGGAAAUUGAAGUUCUGGACAUCAAUGACAAUGAACCAAUGUUUCCAAAAGCUGAACUAGAUGUAGAGAUCUCUGAAAGUGCUUCCCUACGUACUAGGAUUCCACUUGACAGAGCUUGGGACCCUGAUUUUGGCAGCAAUGCUGUAAAGCUAUAUACUCUCUCUCCAAACGAACACUUCACCCUGGAUAUUAUCUCCAGUUCUGAUGGCGUAAAACAUCCCGAAUUGGUGGUGGUGAAAGAACUGGACAGGGAGCUGCAGUCUUCUUUUGAGCUUGUUUUAACAGCAUUAGAUGGAGGAUACCCACCAAAAACCGGGACAACACAGGUUCGGAUAAUUGUCUUGGACUCUAACGAUAAUAGCCCCAUGUUUGAGGAAAGCUCUGUAACUUUAGAAAUCUCAGAAGAUACAUCACCUGGUACACUUCUUAUAAAUCUAACAGCUACUGACCCAGAUCAAGGUCCAAAUGGGGAAAUUGAGUUUUCAUUUGGCAAACAUACACCUCACCAUUUUCUUAAUAUGUUUAGCAUUGAUCCCAAGUUAGGGGAAAUAUUUCUGAAGCAGCCACUUGACUAUGAAAGCAGACAUUCCUAUGAAUUAGAUGUGCAAGCAAAAGACUUAGGCCCUAAUCCCAUUCCUACUCACUGCAAGGUAGUCAUUAAAGUUCUGGAUAUUAAUGAUAACACCCCUGAUAUUAAAGUCACAUGGGCUUCUCAAGAUUCUCCUGAGAUCAUUGUGUCUGAAGCUGUUCCCCUAGGCAGUUUUGUUGCUUUGGUUAUGGCGCAUGAUCCAGAUUCAGGUGCAAACGGGGAUGUGCAUUGUCACUUAGUUCAAGACCAUGAACAUUUUAAGCUUCAAAAAGCUAAAGGAAACAGUUAUAUACUAACAACCAAUGUGAUUCUGGACAGGGAAAAAUGGGAUGUGUAUGACAUAACAAUCCAAGCCCAAGAUCAAGGUGAACCAUCUUUUACAUCUAAGAAAUCCUUAAAAAUAUUUGUUCGUGAUGCCAAUGACAAUGCUCCAGUUUUUCAGAGGCCUGUAUAUGAUGUUUCACUGUAUGAAAACAAUAGUCCUUUCACUCAUCUUCUCACUGUAAAUGCUCAGGAUGCUGACGUAGGGAAAAAUGCAGAGGUUACCUACAAGAUUAUUGACUCUAUAAUUUCAGGGAUACCACUAUCAACUUUUGUCACUGUCCACUCCAAAACAGGUGAAAUUGUUGUGCUUAAGGCAAUUGAUUAUGAGGAAAUUAAGGAAAUGCAAUUCUUGGUGCAAGCAGAAGACAAUGGUGACCCACAACUCAGCAGUAACGCUUCUGUCAAGGUAUUGAUAAGAGACCAAAAUGAUAAUAGCCCAUUAAUUGUGCAACCUCAACUUAAGAAAGGCCAUGCCACUAUCACCAUCCUUGUGAAUGCUGAAAGUGGGUACUUUCUUUCUGCCUCAGAAGUUACCAGCUCAGAGGCCUUGGGAUACACAUCAGAUGAGAUUCUAUCAGAAACAGCCAAACUUAACAAACACCCAAUAUUUCAAGUUAUUGCCACUGAUGCAGACUCAGAUGGGAAUGCUAGACUUGUCUACCAUUUGUUGGAUGACUACCUAGGCUUGUUUGCUAUGGAUGAACAUCUUGGAUACAUAUACAUAAACUCCAGCAAUGCCAGCAACCUAAUAGGUAAUGCCAUAGACUUACAGGUAACUGUCAGAGACUGUGGAAUUCCUUAUCAGGAAACCAAAGCUAAACUAACAAUUAUGUUUGGUAGCCACUUGGACCACUUGAAAAAUUCAGCUAGCGAAACCAACGGCAAGCUGAGCCUGUCUGUGGUAAUUGUUAUUUGCCUGGCUGUUCUUCUAGUUGUAUGUCUCCUUAUAUUGGCUCUCAUCAUGUCCUAUUGCCGAGUAGACAGAAAGGACAAUAGAGCAUACAACUGCAGAGAGGAAGAAUCUGCCUAUAGGAAGCAGCCUAGAAGGCCUCAAAAGCAGAUACAAAAGGCAGAUAUUCAUGUAGUCCCUGUACUUAGAGGUCGGCAACAACCACAACCAGUGACACCAGUGGAAGAGGCAAAGUUGUUUCCUUUGCCAGAGGAAGGACAAGAAGUUCCAGAGGAUCAAACUCUCCAUACUCCUUUUCAUCUCACACCCACACUAUAUCGCACACUAAGGCACCAACAUAACCAGGAAAUAUUAAGUGAAGAUACUACAGAUUUAGAGCAGUCUUUCUCAUUACCUCCCUCUGUGUGCCGAACAUUACAGUAUCAGAGACAGAGAAGCUACUCUAGAGAGAACUUUGAAGACCCCAGUGGAACCCUUCCAGUCAGUAAUACAACCUUAAAGAACCCAGGUAGCCCUCAAAUAAGAGUCCAUGAUAAUUUCAGCCCUUCUGAACCCAUAGUAUACAAUGGAGAGAACUUUCCUCCAGCUACUUCUCCUACGCUAAGAAGACAAAAGAAUGUAGAACAGUCAUCUAAAGAGCAGAUCUUGAGAAGCCUGGUGCGACUAUCGAUGGUGGCAUUAGCAGAGAAAGAAGGUGUGGAUGUUACCAUGCAGUCACCACAUGUGCAGCAAAUUUCUCAGCUUUUAUCUCUGCUCCACCAAGGACAAGUUCACCCCAAGACACUUCACAGAGGAAACAAAUACUCAUCUAAGGCUGGCAGAACUGCUGGGCAGGAGACCGAUUGGCAAAGCACAAAGGACAGCGGCCAUGGUGAGAGUGAAGCUGGAGAUCUGGACUCUGAGUCAGGGGGUGACUUCUCUACUAGCCAUAACUUCCUGGAAGACAAUUUUGAGGCUCUUCUGGGCCCUAAUGGAAGUUCAGAAGGCAACUGCAUGAGUGAUCUUGACCCUGGAUGGAUUGCUCGGCUCUCUUUACCUUUGGCCAACAGCUACAAGGAGAAUCUAUUCACUCCCAAUAAUCAAAUAGCUCUGGAGCCUCCAAUCACAGCAACAGAGAAAGAAGAUCUAAGAACCUUCUUAACAUUUGGCAAGCUUACAGAUGGGUCGCAAGACAACAGAUUGGCCAGCACCUUUCUCUCCGAAAUGAGCACCCUCUUUGAAAUGUUGUUGACACAGAAAGCCGAGGCCCAUGGGGAUACAGAUUCAGAGGUGCUAAUGAGACUUUCCGGUAGCAGCAAGAGUUUGGGAAUGGAUAGUAGAAGAGAUGGCACUAGGAACUUAAUGAAAGAUUAUGAAAACCAUCAUUGACAAUUGAAUUUCUAAAGUCAUUCAACCAUUCAGGCAGAAAGUUGAUAUGUUGCAGUGUUUUAGAUGCAUUUUAUUGAUGAAAUGGUUAUGAUGCAGUCGGCGAGAACAUUAAGCAACAUUCCAGCACUGUUCAUUAGUAACUUUGGAGUUUUUUCAUUGAGUGUUCUAAAUAGGUAGAAGAUGCCUGAUCAUAACAGAAGCUUAUAAUGUCUUUUAUUUUCUGAUGGUGCUAAAUGUCCUCCACUUGACCACCAAAGCAAGAAUAUAAAUAUAUCGAGCACGCUGAUGCAUCAAAU